AUGUCGGGCAACGUGGUCGAUCCUGAGGCACGCGACAAGUACCUCCUGCAAGUGACGGCCGGACCAUCCUACGAUGCCUCAAAGCACGAACAGGUAUCAGUCAACGGCGCAGAGCCCACACACGUCGAGAGCGACCUAGUUGAAGCAUGGAUACGCGUCCGAAUCAAAGACUACCACGGCCUACCGCGUGGUUCACCAGCUUCAUCGUCUUAUUUUGAUCACCCACAACAUACCUCUGAUAGAUAUUCCAUCGCCUACUCAUUCGUUCCCAAGCAGGACAUGUCCGGCUCCGAUCUUGUCAUGGGCUUCGAUUACGGCCAUUCGAUCAAGCACCAGCUUCCACCAGGUUUCAGGUAUGCAAUGAAGAUCGCCACGAGUAUGCUGGACCCCGGACUUUACUCAGAUGCAUACUCUGACGAGCCGUAUCUCUACGGACCCGCGCUAUCAAGUUUCUUUGCCUUCCGAAUCGGAGAUCGGACGAGCGAUGUGUCCGCACAAGAUCAACUUGCAAGUCUCAGUCAAGAAAGUGAUGAUGUGAUCGAAGAAGGUGCAUCGGGGAGUGGCAAAGAAGCGCGCAAAGCGUCGUCCAUGCCUUCGAAAUGGAAGAAGCGGCGGAAGUAUUAUCUCGAUGAACAAGCCCUUUCAGCGUUUACGUUCGAAAAAGGCCGCAUGUACCAUGCCGACUUCUUCAACCCACAUCUUGACUUUGCGAACUUUUCGUUGAGGCUACCCGGAUUCUCAAUCAGUGUGGCCAAGUACGUGGAUGAGAAGACGCAUCAUCUAAGAUAUGUACUUCGGAAUCGGAAGACGGAGGAGGUACUUCUCGUAGUCUUCUUCAAAUUGCUGUUUGGCAAGGAAUUGGAUGAUACGUUGGAGAAAGAGAAGAGGAGGGAGAGUGCGCCGCCAGCUGUGGCUGUAAUUGAUCAGCCAAAGCCAGAGCGGACAGGCCACGAUGAGCUGACGAGAGUACGUGCUGCUGAAGAAGCUGAAAGACGAGCUUCACAACCUCCUCCUCGGACGGGUCAUGAGGAGUUGACAAAGGUUCGCGCUGCUGAGGAGGCCGAAAGACGAGCUUCGCAACCUGCACCUCGCACCGUACAAAACGAUAACACGCCAUCCUCUGCAAAAUCUACCCGUCAAGAAGGUUCAGCGUCUGGAACAGCCGGUCAAGUCGAUGGCGAGGCGCAAGAGGAUCAGAGUUACAUCGGCCAAGCAACGAGCGCUGCGACAAACCUUGCAAACUCCGUGGUGGCUGUUUACGCAGCCUUGGGCUUCGGCAACUCAUCAUCUUCCUCGUCGGAUUCCGAGCCCUCAAGCAGGAGUAGUUCGGCGCAGCCAGCAAACAAGUCGAUGGCAGCUGAGAUCGACAAGAUGGACGAUGCAACGGUAGAGCAGUAUUUGCGGGGUCGGCACGGAAGUGUGUGA